UCCACAGCACCACUCAACCCUCUAAGAAAUGAAACUACCACUUCCUCCAACACACACACACUCUCAAAUCUCACGCAACUUGUCCAAAGCACACUUCCUCUCUCUAUAUAAACUCCCCCCACAAACCCAUCAUCUUGUCAUCAAAGCUUCCUAUUGAUUAUCCUAUGUUAUAUCUCUCAAAACUUGGAGCAAAUAAUUCUCCCUCUCUCUCUCUCUCUCUCUCUUGCCAAUAUCUGAUCUCUACAAGCACAAAAAAUGCCUUCAAGACUAUCAGAUGCCUUUAGAGCCCACCCUGUCGACGACCUAUACCACAAACAUAUUGACUUUAACACACUACGGGAGUUACCUGACUCGCACGCAUGGACACAACUAGAAGAGCACACAUCCGGCGGCGAAUCAUUUGGCUCAGAGACCGUGCCGGUUGUCGAUCUCAAUGACCCAAAUGCCCUUACGCUAAUAGGCCAUGCAUGCAAAACUUGGGGUGUUUUCCAAGUUAAAAACCAUGGGGUUUCUAAGAAAUUUCUUGAUGACAUUGAGGGUGCUGGCCGGAGCCUUUUCUCUCUACCCGCCCAGCAGAAGCUCAAAGCUGCUCGUUCUCCCGAUGGCGUCUCCGGGUAUGGCCUGGCGAGGAUCUCUUCCUUUUUCCCAAAGCUUAUGUGGUCGGAGGGGUAUACUAUUGUAGGGUCGCCACUUGAACAAUUUCGCCAACUUUGGCCCCAAGAUUACAGCAAAUUCUGUGACAUAGUCGAAGAUUAUGAGAGAGAGAUGAAAAGGCUUGCAGGGAGGCUUAUGUGGCUAAUGCUAGGCUCAUUGGGCAUAUCCAAGGAAGAUAUCAAAUGGGCAGGCCCAAAAGGUCAGUUCAAAAGGGCGUCUGCUGCCUUGCAAUUGAAUUCCUACCCAGCAUGUCCUGACCCCGACCGAGCCAUGGGUCUAGCCGCCCACACCGACUCCACCCUCCUCACGAUUCUCCACCAAAACAACACCAGUGGCUUGCAGGUUCUCCGGGAGGGAACAGGGUGGGUCACUGUUCCACCACUUCCGGGCGCACUUGUGGUCAACGUAGGCGACCUCCUCCACAUAUUAUCCAACGGGUUGUACCCGAGUGUGCUCCACCGUGCCGUGGUGAACAGAACCCGUUACCGUAUAUCCAUUGCUUAUCUCUACGGACCACCCGCCAGUGUGAAAAUCUCACCCGUCCAAAAACUGUUGGGCCCAAGGAACCCCCCGCUCUACAGACCAGUCACUUGGAAUGAGUAUCUUGGCACCAAGGCGAAGCAUUUCAACAAGGCACUCUCAUCCGUCCGCCAUGGAUUGGUUGAUGCAAACGAUCACAAUAGCGUGCAAGUUGGCUAGCUAGAAAUUAAAUAAAUUUUCAAUUUUUAAUAUUUUUUUUUAUGAUUAUUAUUUUUUAUGAUUAUUAUUUAUAUAUCCAUUUGGGUUUUUCCCCUA